AUGAAGGUCCUCGUGGUGCUCGUCCUCGCUGUUUUCACCGGCUGCAAUGCCAACAUCGUGUGGCAUAGUCAGCCCAAACCCCAGGUCGACAUGGUGAAAGAUGCUUUUUGGGACUAUGUUGCCAAGGCAACCAUGACUGCUGAGGACUCCCUGAAGCAGAUCAGACAGUCUGAGCUUGGAAGAGAUGUCAACACCCUCAUUUCUGAGAGCACUGGCGCUAUCAACAAGUUCACCGACACUCUGCGUACUCAGGUGGCCCCUCUGACCCAGAACCUCAUGACUCAGUUCUCCAAGGAAGCCGAGCAGCUGAAGGCCCGUCUGGAGAAGGAUCUGACCGCCGUGAGCGGUAACCUGCAGCCAUACGCCAAGCAGUUGGUGGCUGACCUCCAGAGGCAGGUGGAGGAGCUGAAGAAGGAGGCCGCCCCCUACGCAGAGUCCAUGGACCCAGAGGCCCUGAAGGCAGUCCUGCUGCAGAAGAGCCAGGAGCUGAAGGCCCAGGUGGAGAAGAACGUGAACGAGCUGCAGGCCCAGAUGGUCCCCUACACCGAGGAUAUGAAGGAGAAGAUGGAGCAGAGCCUGGAUGAGUUUCAGAAGAGCAUGAUGCCCCUGGCCCAGAACUUCCAGACCCAGCUGACCCAGAAAACCCAGGAGCUCCAGCAGAGCCUGACCCCCUACGGAGAGGAGAUGAAGGCCAAGCUGGACGCUGACACCCAGACACUGAAGAAGCAGCUGACUGAUCUCUGGAAGUCCUUCAGUAAGAUGACCCAGUAA